GAUAGUCCUGCUGCUUCGACGCCUUCUUCUUCUUCUUUUCUUUCGUCCCUUUCGUCGUCUGGUCAUCGGUCGGCUUCUCUGUCUCCACUCCCUCUCUCUUGCGGUGUGAGAAGAAAAUCCCUCCCAACCCCCUCCCCCCAAGGGUGGUCCUGGUCGAUCAAAACAGACAUCGCCCGUGGUUACCGUCAACAAGCAACAACGAACGAGACUAGUCCACAAUCCCCUCGUUGGUUGGUGCCGGUCCGAAGCCUUGUCCCCGCAGUACAAGUGAACUGGUUGGAAGGGGGCCAAAUAAGAAGGAAUAGAGAGAAAGAAAGAGAGAAAACAAGAAGAUGCCUCUCGAUAUGGGCCGAGCGGCGUCGCAGUCAAGCGUGGCCUCCCAGACCACCCAAGUCGCACCGCCUCACAGUCGUCCGGGGACGGCGGACCUGAUGAGAUCGCGCUCCGAGACGGUCAUCUCGAGGAAUGGUCGUCGUCCGCGAUCCCGAGGCUCGACGGCCAGCAUCCACUCCAACACGACCCAGCAAACCCAGGACCAGCAGAUCGCCGAUGGAUUCUCGCAGUUCCUGCCCACGCAACCGGGGACAGGUCAUCCCGUCUUUGGCGGGAACCCGGAAGACAUCAUCAUGCGCUUCGGUCAUCAGCUGUCGCAACCCGUGAAUGGAGCUCCCCUCGACGCGACCAUGACGGACGCCCACCACCCCGUCAUGCCGCGAGCAGAGGACUUUCCCAACCACGCCAUGCACGGCCAUCAUCUCUCCCACCACUCCCUGCCGUCGGGUUUGUCGACCAUGCCGAUGCCCCAGUAUCAGGGCAUGUAUGACAGCGGGAUCGAGAACCAUGUACCCGACCAUGUUAUGGACGACAACGAAGGCUCCGAGGUUGGCGGCAAGCGGAAGAAAGGCUCCAGCUCGUCCCUGGCCAACGACAAUGAGCUGCGGAAACUGCUGCGACAGUACGAGGGAUACACCUUGAAGCAGAUGGCUGCGGAGGUCCUCAAGCACGAGGGGGCCGGGGGCAAGGCGGAGAAGGUGAAGCAAGUCUUCGCGAUGAUCUGGUUACGGGAAAACUGCCGAAAGAGCAGCGGAUCGGUACGCCGCGAUCGCGUGUACUGCUGCUAUGCUGAAAAAUGUGGCACGGAGCGCGUCUCAGUGCUGAACCCAGCAUCGUUUGGCAAGCUCGUGCGCAUUAUAUUCCCCAACGUCCAAACCCGACGAUUGGGCGUUCGCGGGGAAUCCAAAUAUCACUACGUCGACCUGACGGUCAUCGAAGAGAAGCAGCAGAAGCACCCGCCGCUGAACCCCAGCAUUCCGGCCAGCGAGGCGGCCAGCUCCAUCGAACCAAAGCCGGUGGACGUGCUCCCGAAGAGUGUCAGUCACGGACCACCAGACCCCGCCGACACGGCCGUCUUCCCAUCGCCCACCACCUCCUUCACCCCCAGAUUAUCGGUCAGCAACCAUCCUCCCCUGAGCGCCGAAUGUGGCUGUCAACCGGCGAAUGGGGAACCCGCCGUCACUCUCGACAACGUCGCAAGCCACGCGGGGAAGAUAAUCCACCAGAUGCUUCACCUGCCGGUCACGGAGGCUUCCUCGGUGGACAACAACGCCUUUGACCUUCCCGACAUCAACGACUACCUGCCCGCCAACGCCGACUCCAAGGUCGCCGCGGCCCUUGCGGCCCUAUACCGAUCACAUUGCAUUUCUGUGAUCGACAGCUUCCGGUACUGCAAAGAGCGCAACAUGCUGCGGUACUUCUCCGCCUUCCAUGGAACCUUGACGGUUCCGGUGCAGAAACUCCUGACGCAUCCCAACCUCGCACCGUGGAUCAAGGAAUGCGAUUGGUUGAUGUAUCAGAAGAUGAUCGCCUUCGUGGCCCCCCUGACCACCCAGGUGGUGCCCAAAGUCGUGCUCGACGCGUUUGGCUCGAUCUCGCAACGAUUGACCUCCCACAUCGCGGACACGUUCAAGACCCAGCCGGUCCACGUGUCCCUGGCGCGACUGGUUCCCGCCCAUAUCUUCUGCAACCUGCUCCGACACAUGCUCGACGUGAACCAGAGCGCCAACGCGGCGGCGGCGUGGCUGUGUCAUCCGGACAACCGGAACCAGAUGUGGUUCGACUUCAAAACGCUGGUGGACCCCCAGGACAUGAUGUCGAAGGCGAACAUCCCCAGCUGCGCGGCACGCUCGACGGAGCAGAUCCUGAAACACGACAUCCGGGCCCUCCUCACGCCGAUUUCCGACAUGAACCCCACGGCCGGCCAUCCCUUCUUCACGCGGCCUGACGGGGACGCCGACACGCAGGCCCACAAGUACCCCGUCGAGUCGGCGGCGGGCGAUGACUACAACUUCCCCGACAAGUGGGUGUCGUUCAUCCUCAACCUGCCGGCGGCGUUCCCCGACCACCGCACGCGCUGCAUUGUCGAACGGGUGGACGCGCUGUGGGAUCGCAUCCUCCACCGGCUCACCCUCGGGGGAGCGCAAAGCUUCAGCGCGUGGUGGAUGACCAAAGUGUUCUUCCACGAGAUGAUGCUCUGGCAGGCGGAGAAGGGGGGGUUCAUGCGGCACACGCCUCGCUCGCUGCAGAGUGCAGCGCUCGCCGAAUCCCAGCCUGCCAACCCAAAUGGCUGUUUGAAAUCGACUGGGGAAUCGGAUCGACUGAACGCGCCGUCGGUGGCUUCGGAGGAACCGCAUGCCAGCGAGCCCCCGACGCGGUCGACGGGGACGCCACCGGCCCCGUCCGCGUUCGAGCCGCCGGGCGAGGGGGAAUCGCACGGGCACGCGGCGGAGACGGAGAAGCCGCACGGCAUCCCGGAAAACAUCGGAGCCUUCCAGGGAGGCAACAAUGACGACAGCGCCAUCGAUCUCGACGACGAUUCCAUACUGAUCACGGUGGGAAAGUAUGGGGAUAUGAUGGCCUCUGACCCGGCGGAUGCCGAGGGAGAUGUGGUCGUAAUAUAACAACAAGUACUCCUCCAAAAAAAAAAAAGAUGGAAGAAAAGGGAUUGGUUUCAUUUGUUUGGGAGGAGUUGGAUUUCAUUUCAGGAGUAUUGAUUUUUGGACAAGGAAGGUUCGGCGUUGGACGAUUCUUUGCACGAGAGACGAGCAAUGAGAGCAUUGAUUCAAGACACGUCGGCUUGAGGCAACCAGCUGAGGUGACAUUCAUAUGCAUCGACAGGCGGGUUGAUCCCGCUGCUAUCCAGUGUCUUGUCUUGUUUAUUUAUUUACGGGGGGGAUGAGCGCAAGCCUAGUGAGGAGUGUAUAUACGUUCUGGGCGACGCGGUAUGCAGAUGAUGAUUCUCCUUCUAGC